AUGGAUUUUAUUAUUGGACUACCUCGCUUCUCCCAAGGUAUGGAUUUUAUUUGGGUUAUUGUUGAUCCUUUAACUAAGUCUGUCCAUUUUUUACUUGUUAAGACUAUUUACAAUGCGGAUAAGUUAGCUAACAUUUAUGUGAAUGAGAUUGUGAGGUUACAUGGUGUGCCAGUAUCCAUUGUAUUUGACAGAGAUUCGAAGUUCACAUCAAGGUCUUGGCAGAUUAAACCUCAGUCUUCCUCUGAUUUAGAUGCUUUAUUUUCUAAUCCUGCUCUCUAUAGAAGCUUAGUUGGUGCUCUUCAAUACCUUAUCAUCACUCGUCCAGACAUCUCUUUGGCAGUGAAUCACUCUUGUCAACACAUGCAUUCUCUCACAGUUGGUCACUUUGCUGUAGUUAAACAAUUGCUUCGAUUUGUUAAAGGAACUAUUGGUCAUAGUCUGACAUAUUUUCCCAGCUCGUUUGAUAUUCAUGCCUUUUCUGAUUCUAAUUGGGCUGGCGAUAUUUCUAACAGGAAAUCUACAUUAGGUUAUUGUAUAUUUCUGGGGUCCAAUCAUGUGUCUUGGUCAGCCAAAAAGCAAGCCACAGACUCUCGGUCCUUUAUUGAAGCAGAGUAUUGA